CACGAGCGGGAUAUCCGGACACAGAUGUCCAUGCUGUACAAUUUCCUAUCUCGCGGGUUCGACGCCGAGGACGUUCAGUACAUCCGCCAAAGAUAUGAACAUCAAACAGCACUCGACGGGGUCGGUGCGAACGCAAAGCUUCUGCAAGAUAGACCCGCGGGAAAAGGCCACAUACCUCAGUCUGUGCGGUACGGCAGAGACCAUCAUCGAGGCGUCCAACUAUGGCAACCUGGCCUGGUUCAUCAACCACAGUUGCAAUCCCAACUGCUACACCAAGGUCAUCACGAUCGAGUUGGAGAAGAAGAUUGUGAUCUACUCGUAGCAGCCGAUCGGCGUCAACAAGGAGAUCACGUACGACUACCCGCUCGAGGACGAGAAGAUUUCAUUUUAUUGAGAGCAAUUCUAGUUAAAUACAGUAAUUUUUCAGUAAGAUUACAAAUAUAAUGUGUUACCUAGCACCUAGCAUUACAAAUUUUACACUAAAAUUGUACAUACUUUUAUA